GGCAAAGAAUUCCAGCAACUAUGUCAAAACACCAUGAUGCAGGAACUGCUUUCAUCCAGACCCAGCAGCUACACGCUGCCAUGGCAGACACUUUCCUGGAACACAUGUGUCGCCUGGACAUUGAUUCUGAGCCAACCACAGCACGAAACACUGGCAUUAUCUGCACCAUUGGCCCAGCCUCCCGCUCGGUGGAAAUGCUGCAAGAAAUGAUUAAAUCUGGCAUGAAUGUUGCUCGCCUCAACUUCUCUCAUGGAACUCAUGAGUACCAUGCAGGCACAAUCAAGAACGUGCGUGAAGCCACAGAAAGCUUUGCUUCUGAUCCCAUCACCUACAGACCUGUGGCUGUUGCUCUUGACACCAAGGGACCCGAAAUCCGAACUGGACUUAUCAAGGGAAGUGGUACAGCAGAGGUGGAGCUCAAAAAGGGUUCGACUCUUAAACUGACCCUGGACGAUGCCUACAUGGAGAAGUGUGAUGAAAAUGUAUUGUGGGUGGACUACAAAAACAUCAUCAAGGUUGUGGAUAUUGGCAGCAAAAUCUAUGUAGACGAUGGCCUCAUUUCACUGCUGGCUAAGGAGAAAGGCUCGGACCAUAUUAUCUGUGAAAUUGAGAAUGGUGGGAUUCUUGGCAGCAAAAAAGGUGUGAACCUGCCUGGAGCUGCAGUGGACCUUCCUGCAGUCUCUGCAAAAGACAUUCAGGACCUGAAGUUUGGCGUGGAGCAGGAUGUGGACAUGGUGUUUGCUUCCUUCAUCCGCAAAGCUGCUGAUGUCCAUGCUGUCAGGGAAGUGCUAGGAGAAAAGGGGAAGAACAUCAAGAUCAUCAGCAAGAUUGAGAACCAUGAGGGUGUACGCAGGUUUGAUGAAAUCAUGGAAGCCAGUGAUGGCAUCAUGGUGGCCCGUGGUGACUUGGGUAUUGAGAUCCCUGCUGAAAAAGUCUUCCUUGCCCAAAAGAUGAUGAUUGGACGAUGCAACAGGGCUGGUAAACCCAUCAUCUGUGCUACUCAGAUGUUGGAAAGCAUGAUUAAGAAACCUCGCCCAACCCGUGCCGAGGGCAGUGAUGUAGCUAAUGCAGUCUUGGAUGGAGCUGACUGCAUUAUGCUAUCUGGAGAGACAGCCAAAGGAGACUACCCUCUUGAGGCUGUCCGCAUGCAACAUGCUAUCGCUCGCGAGGCUGAGGCCGCAAUUUUUCACCGUCAGCUGUUUGAAGAACUUUUCCGCAUCACUGCUAACAUCAGGGACCCUGCUGAUGCCAUGGCUGUAGGCGCUGUGGAGGCCUCUUUUAAGUGCUUAGCACCAGCUCUGAUAGUUCUGACCGAAUCUGGCAGGUCAGCUCACUUGGUGUCCAGGUUCCGGCCACGUGCGCCAAUCAUUGCUGUGACCCGUAAUGGGCAGACGGCACGCCAGGCCCAUCUGUACCGUGGCAUCUUCCCUGUUCUGUGCAAAGAACCAACCCAUGAUGCAUGGGCUGAAGAUGUUGAUCUCCGAGUGAACUUGGGCAUGAAUGUUGGCAAAGCACGUGGGUUCUUCAAGACUGGCGAUCUGGUUAUUGUGCUAACAGGCUGGCGUCCUGGGUCUGGUUAUACCAACACCAUGCGCGUGGUGCCAGUUCCAUGAACAUCGACUCUUGGAUCCAACCCAGCAACAUCUUCCCUUGCCCCUGUCCCCCGCCCCUUUGCAUUAGACCAGCAAUUGCUUGCGAUUGUUCUCCUUGUCUGUAGAGUGGAUAUAGGUUGCUAAAUGCCACCAGGUACAGCAGCAGAGGGAGGAGACCUUUACAUUACUAAAAGAGAAGAAAUACUUGAAGUGUUUAGGUUUUUUUUUUUCUUUUUGUUUUGUUUUGUUUUCAAAGUACACUCCCUGCCCCCUCCUGCCCCACACCCCAAAGUGAUACUGCCCUGAUGUAUGUUGGGAGUCGGUGUAGGAACUUCCUGCAUGGUCUCUGAAUGUGUGCUGCUGCUCCUCCUAGUAGCCUGGUUACUGUCCAAGGGCGUAAAUUACUGUGUCUUUCCUUGCUCCGGUCUUGGGAGCGUAAGGGAAGGUAAUAAGAUGACUGUGGUUGACAGUUCCAAUAUAAUGCUCUCUGCAAUAGGCAGAGUACAGCCCGAAACCCUGUAGGUUCAGAUGCACAACAACUUAAUGUAAUGCCCACCCUUCUCUGCCAUGUCCUGAAUGCACCUACAGACUUGUACUAUCACUGAUGUCACCACUGCACUCCAGUCCAGGAGCAAUGGUAGAUUAAGUCAUGGACCUGUAUAGCCACACAUGAAGUGUGUAAGAUUAGUCUUGUUGGGCUUUAUUUUCCACUUGGAUUUACAGUGGCUCUCUGGACUCCAUAACUUACACUCAGCUAGUCAUCAAGGAUCUGAAACUCCAAAGCAUGUUGAUGGAAGACAAGGUGGAUUUGGCUCUUAAGUCCUAGAUAGAAUAGUAACUUGCUUGAGACAAGCUACUGUACAUCCCCCUGCUAGCAUAUAUAGGGAGCCUAAAGAAUGGAAGCUUCCAAUCUACAUGAGAAGCUGUGAUUUUUAAAAGCCUCCACACAAGACCAAAAUCUAAGGCAUGGUGCAGGCCUGGGUUUCUUCUAGGCUAGUUGUGCACAGUGGGGGUUAGAAAAAGGACAAAGCAGGGUCUUUGGGUCUUAAAAGGUUGAGUGCUGUAGUCCCAGCUGUUUCACAAACUGCACUCCCACUUCUGUGCUGCUAAGAACUUGUGCUCCUGCCGCGGUGUCGCAUAUCUGUCUGAGUCGAGUAGUCACAUUUCCUGAGAGCAUUCUCCUGUGUUGUAAGUCUGGACAAAUUACUGUAACAGGUGUAUUGGGUUGUAGAGCACAACUAUGUACAUCAAUAAAGAGAAGCUAAAGCACC